AGAUCCAGGGGAUAAAACUUCAGGAUUUGAUGUGUGUCAUUUGGAACUGAGAAGAUGGUGAUUACACCAUGCAUCUGUGAAAUUCUCAACCACAAAAGGCAGUGGAAACUAAAUAUUCUCUUUUUGGUCAGAAGGAAAAAGCUACCACCAUGUCGCUGGUCUGUUGGGAGGAAGCGCGGUGCAGAUGGUAAACUACGCAAAGUGGACGACUUGGAUUCUACUGUGUUUGAUGAUGAUCUCAGAGACUGCACUGCAGACAGUUCUGAUUGGCUGGAUGGUCGGAUUUCUAGUUUCACAACACCAGACAGUGAUGGACCAGCUCCCCGAUGUGCUGCAGAUUGGGGUACAGCAGUAGAAGAUGAGGCCACAAGGCAAACUGUUUAUCGGGAUUUGAAGAGAUAUAAAAGGCGACUCUUGCUUAAUGAUUUUAACGACCCUGAGAGGGAUUACUCAUCUGAAAGUUCCAGCGGCUCCCGGGAAUCACUUGCACCAUCUGAACUUGAAACUGAUGAAGUGGUAUUGAUGAGAAGGCAAAAACAAAUUAACUAUGGAAAAAAUACCAUUGCAUAUGAUCGAUUCAUUCGGGAAGUUCCGAAGCAUCUUCGAAAGCCAGGUGUUCACCCCCGGACUCCAAACAAAUUUAAGAAGUUCAGUCGUAGAUCCUGGGAUCAGCAAAUUAGGUUAUGGAGAAUUGCACUUCAUGCCUGGGAUCCACCUGCAGAAGAAGGCAGUGGUUUACAAGCAGUGACAGAAUUUGAUUUUGAUAUGGAAACAGAAUCUGUUAACUGCUCAAAUGGAAGUCGGGCAAGUUCACAUGAUGAAAGUGGAUGUACUCCCAGCAACACACGAGCACCAUCUCCUCAGGUGGCUGGUUCGACUUCAAUGACCGGCGAGUUUGUGUCUUCUACAGCCAAGGAAUUUGAUUUACAAGCUUGUUUGGGUGAAACUGAUGCAGCUGAUUCUUGGUUAAACUAAUGGCUACUCCAUUGAGGAGCUUGCUUUGAACAGUUCGACAUAAAGUGUGGUAAUCUCAUGAGGAGUUUAAUGUUUUUCAUUCCAUAAUAAAUGUCACAUUGUGUAGACUUGUUGAUAAUGUGCAGUCUAGCUUUUCGGCCACCAUCAAAUCGGUAGGUCUGCUGUGAACAAAGCAGUUGAUAUUAUUUGCUUACGGCUUACUCUUACAUUUGUGUUACUUGUGUUGACUUGACUGUUCUCACCUAAGUGCAGAUUUAUGGUGAGGGAAUUACAGCACUGGAUGGUCAGUUGAACAUUCUUAAAAGCUUCAUGAUCAACAAUGCUUUGUAACAAAACCUGGUUGUUUCUGAAUGGCUCUGCUGGAUGGGGAAGAAGUAGUUGUAAAGAUUCUGCUGCAUGGGAUUAUGGACUCUUAUGCCUUAAGAAUGACCAUGGAUUUCUGAAGUGUUGAAGUUACUUUGCAUCUUGCAAGAUUUCUCAAUUUAAUGUUUUAAUCUUACAGCUAUCAGCUUGCUGAAUCAAACUUGAUUGUUAAUUACUUUUACCAUUUUGAGAUUGUAUAAAGUUAAUACUUUGUCAUGUUUUGGUCUAUGCCAAUUUAUAUUGUUAGUAGUGUUUCAGCAGACCUGUUUAAAUAUGCAUAAAGGCCAAUUGCUGGUUGAGACACUAUCAAUCUUGUGUUUUUAUUUUGUAUUUCUCACAAUUUGCUCUGUGUGGUAAAAUUCCAGUUAAAUAUUGAAAUAUUUUUGUCUAGAUUUUUAAAACAGCAAUAAAACUUGGCUUAU